AUGGCGUCCGUGUUGUUUGAGCCCGCAAAUGCGCAGCAAUCACGAAAACUACAGUAUAGGAAUGAAGCAGCGUCAUUAGAGCAGCCGCGCACGCUGGUGCAUUAUCAAGUUUUGCAAACUUUUGGGUCUGGCGUACAGGGAAAGGUGAAGCUUGGUGUGGACACCACUACCCACCAGCGCGUGGCGCUCAAAAUUAUCGACAUGGCCAAGCUCAGUCGCAAUACCCUACUCGCGAGUCAAGUGAUUGUUAUCGUGCUGGAGCUGGCCAUGGGUGGCGAACUUUUUGAUUUCAUGAUGUACACUGGAGUCUUUUCUGAAAAUAUUGCACGCGCCUAUUUUCAGCAGCUUGUGAGCGGACUAGAUGCUUGUCACGCCCAGGGAGUGUACCACCGUGACAUCAAACCAGAGAACUUGUUGUUGGACGAAAAUUUCACAUUGAAAAUUGCCGACUUCGGACUUUCUGGUCUAAGAAAAGGAAUUAACGAUGCUGUCACUGAAUUGUACACACAGUGCGGCACCAGAGGAUAUAUGAGUCCAGAAGUGUUGUCGUGUAUGCCUUAUGAAGGAGAACCCGCCGACGUUUGGUCGGCUGGUGUGGUGCUUUUUAUUAUGCUGGCAGGAUUUCCACCUUUUGAAAUAGCCACUCAUCAGGAUUGGUGGUUCCGAGCAUGCGCAGCCCAGCAGUAUGAAGCAUUUUGGAGUGCUCAUUGCCGUUCUGCCAAAUUUUCACCUGGUGCUAUAUCGAUUAUGACGCGCAUCUUUGAUGAUCUCCGUGCAGAGCUGCUUAGUCGCAAGGUGCUGGUCGAGGAGGAGAAGCGAAUUGAGCGGAAAGCAAAGCUGCUCGUAGCAUCUAAGCAAGAUAAUCAGUACCAGGUUGAAGAUUUUGACCCGUUUAAGAUGGAUACUGAACGAUCAGUAACAAUAACGACGGACACUGGAUCUGCAACUUCAGAGUUUGACUCAACCGAGGCACCAUCGUAUCCUACUGCCAGUGUGGCACUAUACACAUGUUUUCAAUCUAGUCGAGCAGCUUUGGAGUUGCAAAUGCGGGUGGAAAAAGUUCUGGCGGAACAUUCAGCACACUUUGUAGUGCACAAGGACCGAUUUAAAACCAAGGUCACAAUGUCAACGGAAACGGGAGACGUUGGAUUUACUGUGCGCAUCUUCUGUCUCGAUAAUGAAUCAGGGCGCUGUGUGGUCGAGUUCCGGCGUACCGGCGGCGCGUGUCUUAAAUUUCAAGAAGUGUUUAAAAAGCUACGCAACUCAUUUGCUGACCUCGUUUCGGACAAUCAAAAUAAUUUUGUGAUAGCUGUGGAGGAGAUGAAGGGGUGA